AGUCGUUCUACUUUCUGUGAGUAAAUAAGUGUUCUCUGUGUACUUAAUUUCUUUUACACAUGUGCUCAAUACGCUUUCAUGAUUAGUAGAGACUCGUCUCUACCAUCAUGAGGAUUCGUGUCACCAAAACAAAGAGAGAUCCGUCGGGAAAGGAUCUGAUUGGCUGGAUGCCGGCUACACGAGUGUCCGAAUGCAAGCUAUCACAUCGUUACAACUGCGCACCAUCGCUUUACGGAGGAAGAUGAUCACAUUAUCCCUGCUCCUUUUUUCACCACGCUGCUGGGGUUGCCUUAGUAAUGCACGACUAGUUUGUCUGCCCUGGUUGCACCGUUUCCGUUUCUUUACUGUCACGCUGGUCACGAUCACUAUCCUGUGGCCAGAUGUGGCGUUUGCCAGUGGAUCAAGAAAGAGCGCCACUACUUCAUCUUCUAGGUCUACAACUGGACACGCAGUUGUAGCCUUGGUAAGGUGGAUUAGUCCCCAGGAGUAUUGUCUGACACAAAAGUCUUCCAAAAUAAAGACGAGAACUGGAACCUGUCCGUUGAAAGUCUCGGAAAAACUGGGUUCAUCCACUGGCGUCUCGUCAUUCGUAUCUCCAAUUUCAUUCCCGACUUUGUGUCCCGUAACUCCUCCGUCGUCCUCCGGAGGUGAUCUCAAUCGAGGCAGUACCCACGAUAGGGAUAACCAUGGAGGAGAAAGAAGUGGAAGUAGAUCAACAAGUCAUCAUCCACGUUGCGAGCCAAGUGAUGUUUGCGCUCCUGGAGAAUUCACGGCGAGUGUUUCCCCGGGUUACUUUUAUCCAGGACUGACGUGGAGCAGCAGUGAUCCUCGUGCACAUCGGGGAAAUGCGCAAGAGACGUGCGUGGCCCGACCUUGUUCGGAGAUUCGAUUCUCAAGCCCACGCGCUCGUACGGCAGAAGAGCACGCUCGCCGUGUACGCCUCUGCCGCAAUGCUGAGCGAAUGCGGGCGCUCGAGGACAAUACGUCCCGUAAAAAGGAUCUGGAAGACGGACCGCACCUCGAGACGUGUGUCUAUGUCGAAGAAAAAUCCGGCACUUCUACGUUUACGUCGCAGAAGGGAGCCCGUUGUCGCGUCGUAGGACGUCAUAUCCGAGGAUACUCGAAAAAUCGUGAUCACAGGUGGAAGGGGGAACGCCAUCAGCAGACGAGACCAACUACAUCCCCAGAGGAGGAAGCCGCAUCUUCUCCUGAUGAAACUGAAUCUAGUAUAACAAGUGCAAGCCCGUCGACUACAUCUUUUGUUCAGAUGCGAAGCUCAGAAGAACAUGGAGACCAUUAUCAUCAUGAUGUUGUUCAUCACGAUCAGCCUGCUGCUCAGAGGACACCGAGUACAACUCUCUUUAGCGAAGUGUGGAAUAAGCAUUUUUCAGUCGAGGGGCUUGCGAGAAAGGAGAGAGUCGCAGCUGGCGCAGCCUUGAAAUACGACGCCGCAGCAGAGGCAUUUCGCUCCGCACUUUCGAGGCUCGGCGCCGUGGCAAGAACCUAUCAGGCUGCGGUUAUGCGCCUCUUGGAUCACUUGAGCCUUCUGUCAAAUGCAGAACUGUAUGGCAAUCACUGGAAAAUGAAAUCACGUAAGCAACAAGUGCAAGAAAAGAACACCAUCACGUAUUAUAUAUAAGUUCAUAUUGACUUCAUUGAGGUCUUCCCGGUUCUGCACUGUUCCACUAUUCGAAUGACAAUAUUUUCAUUUGUUACACGUCAGUUUCAUAGUAUUCGUUUGAUUCGUAUGAUUGGAGGACAAUCUAGUUUUGACUUGCCAAGCGCAAGUUGCUACAAGGGGUAGAAGUUCACGCGGCUCAUGGACAACUCUUCCUCUCUUGAUCCUCGUUCAUCUGGUGCCGCACUUGAAAGAGCAAAUUCGGAAUGCGUAUAGUGGCGAUGACAACCUAUCGUUUGCAACGCUGCAGGAGCGUGUGCGGGAGCUGCGGAGGUUGCAGCACCGCGCGGCGCGUCAAAAUGAUGAAGCAGAAUCGAUUGAGAAAGAAAAGGACAUCAAGCCUCAAACUGAAGCUAUCGCGAAGUCGGUUCAAAAAAUAGUAGAGGCCGGCAGUGAAGACAAGAAAGACGAUAAUGAUAAGAAGGAGCCCCAGCCCGUCGUUGCGAAAGACAAGGAGCAGGAUCAGGAAGGUGAUUUGGAAAAGAAACCUGUCGCCAAGAAGCGUGAAGAAGAAGGACAGCAACACUCCAAGGUAGAACAUCAUCAUACACACAGUCACGUGCACCAUCAUUAUCAUGGUACAAAACCGAAAGAAAAACGGAGAAGGUCAAACCAGGGAAAGACCAAAGAUGAUGAGGACGAGGACGAGCCUUCUGCUGAUGAAGAAGAAGAAAACGAUUCUCAGGAACCAGAGCAGAGGCCGUCAUCGAGAAAGAGAACUCCUUCUAGGGCUAAGCACCAUCAUCGACCUCAUAAACGACAACAUCAUCGCCAUAGAUCGCCAGAUGAUGACGAGGAAGACGAUGAUAGUUAUACCGAUACCCCAAGACAAAAGUCUCGAUCCCCUAUCAGGAGUUCGCGAGGUGUAGCCUACACUGACGACACUCCGGCAGUUUUGCCAGAACAGAUACUGCCCUUUCGGGAGGGCUUAGAUGCUUCUUCUUAAAAUAGAGUUGUAGUUGUUUCGUGUGCUUGUCUCUCUCUUUUGGCUCAGUUUUUAGUGACAUAUAUAGAAGAUCAAGCAUGACAACUAUGCUCCUUUUCGCGUGGCUUAAGGUUGGUACCUAGGCACGGGGAGUCGAG